CACAGACUUCAUUUGAUGCGUAUGAUAUGAACAAACGGCAAGGGCUAGGGCUAACAAAAUCCAUCAGAUCGGUGACUACCCGUCCAUUGCCCCGGAAAAGGACAAUAUAGUCAGGAGGAAUAGGAUUUCAGCGUCCUUGGCAUGGGCUCCGGAUAACGGAGACGGGGCCCGACAGAAGCUGGCGAACAAGCUCAAUUUUCUGGAAAAGCUAGCCAUGAGCUGUUAUAUUUGGACGCAGCCAUGGCUGACCCCCGUGCUUGACACGACCAACAACAAGGUUUAUACGGAACUGUAAGUCGUGCCGCACUGGCCAUUCUAGCUUUUUUCUAGUGGAAGUUGCUGACACGGAUGCAGUCUUGCGGUCGACGAGUAUACAGCGGGCAACGAGAAUAUGGACAACACCAAUCUGGCUACCUCAUAUCAAACAUACAUGAACGACCGUAUGAAGCUCAUGAUGAGGAGGGCGCUGGAACCGGCGAACGAGAUGGUAGAAGACCUAGACGCGAGCUUUGACACUGCCCUCGGAUCCGCCAGUACGGUUAAAGACUUGGCCGGUGUGAAAGAGUGGGAGGCAUUGAAUAAUGCGUUCAACACUUUGAUCACGCAAUUCAAGCUAAGGUCCACGGCAGAACAUGUAUGUUCCAGGUCCGUCACCUUGAGCUGGACGAAGCUGGACAGCGCCAAACGCGACCUGGGCGAUGAGAUUUGCGAAUUACCUACCACCACCACCACCACUUCAUCGUCCAGCACGUCGAGCGCCACCACCACCACAACUACUACCACUGCCGCGCCGUCUCCCGACCCCACGGCACAAGUGGUGAUCGCACUUGCCGAAGAUGCCAGUUCCCUCACCCCUUUCAGUUGGCAGUUCUUCGAUGUUGCAAUUGGGGCAACUCUGGAAGCGUGCGACGGCACUGGUGAGAUCUUCGCGCCCGACGACGAGGAUAGCGACGGAUAUCCGUAUCCGGAUGGGGACUGGACGCUGGGCUUCAACGUCGACGGCAUGAGUGGCUGCAGCUACUCCGGCACAAGCGACGGGCCCGGCACGUUGACCUGCCCCGCUCUGUCGGCCCCCGUGCAGUGCCAGACUGCAGGCAACAAGGACACCGUCUACUGUUAUGGCGUGGACGUCACAUCCAUCACCCCGAUGGUCGUGUGUUUGUGGUGAUGAGGCGGUGCUCUCGAUGGUGUGCAUGUGCGUG